CCCAUAUCCCCUCCUUGCAGCUUGAGUGGUUCCAUUGCAACCUCUGUUACUGUUACUCUGUGGCUAGCAAUCAUGACCACUUCAGUUCCUGAAUAAAUCCUCCAUAAAAUUCAAAACCCAUCUCGCAAUUCUUUUGUAAGCUUCAAUUGUAUAGCUCAAAAGUCUAAAUCUAUGCUGGAACAACUUGGAGGAUCAAGUUCAUAACUAAAGCAGCUGAGCUAGCUGAACACUGGCUCAAUUUAUUUGCUUUCCUUGUGCAGCUCAAGCAUUUUCAGAAGUUGAAAAGAUGGAAGCUUUGGUCAAGAAAAGGGAGAAUUUACAGAAAAAAAGAACUGGGUUCGUCAAGUCUUUGGCUGAUAAUGGGGCUGGAAGUGAGUCACUCACCGAUUCAAGUGGUGAGUCCAGGGAGAGCAGUUCGAGUAGAUCGAGCUCUGAGACUUCCACUGAGGAAGAGAAAAGAAAAGGGCCUUCUUCACCGCCUCUGUUGGGCUGGCCUAUAAGAAAUGCUGAACUGUGCAAAAAUUCUGUUGCUGCUGAUGUGGGUGAAGCAGAACAAAAAGCCCAUGCUGAUGAUUCGAAGUUUAAGGAUUUGGCUUCGAAAAUUGCAGAGAUGGAUAUGAUGAGAGAGAGAUUUUCAAAAUUGUUGCUUGGGGAAGACAUGUCAGGGUCUGGUAAAGGGGUUUGCACAGCGAUGGCUAUUUCAAAUGCCAUUACCAAUCUUUGUGCUUCCAUUUUUGGGCAACUGUGGAGAUUGGAACCCUUGCCUGCUGAAAAGAAAUCAAUGUGGAGAAGAGAGAUGGAAUGGCUAAUUUGUGUUAGUGAUCAUAUUGUCGAAUUGAUACCCUCUUGGCAAACAUUUCCUGAUGGAAAAAAGCUAGAGGUCAUGACUUGCAGGCCCAGAUCAGAUCUUUUUAUGAAUCUGCCAGCACUGCGUAAGCUAGACAAUAUGCUUCUUGACAUAUUAGAUAGUUUCACCAAUACAGAGUUCUGGUAUGUCGAUCAAGGAGUUAUAGCCCCAGAAGCAGAUGGCUCAGCCUCUUUCCGCAAAACACUCCAACGGCAAGAGGAGAAGUGGUGGCUACCUGUACCUCGUGUGGCAGCCGAUGGUCUCAGUGAAAUUUCAAGAAAGCAGUUGCAUCACACACGGGAAUGCACAAAUCAAAUACUAAAAGCUGCUAUGGCUAUCAACAGCAUUACUCUAGCAGAAAUGGAAGUUCCAGAGUCGUACAUGGAAACUCUCCCAAAGAAUGGGAGGGCCUGUCUUGGGGACAUAAUUUACCGGUAUAUUACAUCAGAUAAAUUCUCCCCGGAGUUUCUGCUUGAUUGCCUUGACCUGUCCAGCGAACAUGUUGCUCUAGAGAUUGCAAACCGUGUUGAAGCCUCAAUAUUUGUCUGGCGUCGAAGAGCUCACUCAAAGCCUCCACCUAAUCCAAACCGCUCCACUACAAAGUCAUCAUGGGAGAUGGUCAAGGACCUAGUGAUUGAUGUGGAUAAGAGAGAACUGCUGGCAGAAAGAGCUGAAAGCCUCCUGCUUUCCUUGAAGCAGCGGUUUCCUUGUCUUACCCAAACUAUCUUGGACACGAGCAAGAUUCAGUGCAACAAGGAUGUUGGGAAAUCCAUUCUUGAAAGCUAUUCAAGAGUUCUGGAGAGCCUGGCAUUUAACAUUGUGGCUCGCAUCGAUGAUUUACUAUAUGUGGAUGACUUGGCUAAACAGACUGAUAGACUGUCAUCAGUGGCUACAGUCAGUGUAAUUACUCGCAAGAAGGUUCCAGUCCAGUAUUCGGUGCCUCCCUCAAGCACUCCUCAGAAAAGAGCUUCUGCUAACUUUUCACCUGUACCUUUAAUUAGCCCUGCAAGGGGAGAAAGGACUCCUUUUCUCCACACUAGUAACAACAGGGACAAGCCUCCCCGUCGCGGCUUGGGAGUGAGAAGAGUCUUGACAAAUUAUCUUGGCGUUGAAACAAAAGCAAGAAUCUGCAGCAACACAAUGGAAGGGUCUGUUUCGAUACCAAACCUACAAGACACAGAAAAUUUGGAUCGUCAGAAGGACUCAUCACACCAAAAUGGGAGAAAAUCACAUCAAGUUGACCGCUGA